UCUCUCGCGCUGACCUCUCCGCUCCCGCUCCCCCGUUUCGCCGCACGUUAUGCCGGAGCAGCCUCCGUGCGCCUCUUUCUCGCCCCCACUGAUACGGACCGACUGACGCACCGCGAGGGCCGCUCAAGCCUCUCCGUCGUGUUGCAGAGCGCCUCGUAGCUCGCGGCAGUGAUACGGAGUGAAGCGGAGCAUCGCGCCGUUAUCGUGAUCAAGCUACCCGUUACAUUUGUUCUCCAUGCGAUUCGGCGACCGGAUAUCUCCGCUCGUUUGCUCGUCCGCGCGCGUGCAUCGUCUAUCCGUGAUUGGUGUUGAAGUGCGCGACCGGUACUGACGACGACGCAGCCGGGUUACGAAGUAGCGUGAAGGAAUCGGUGCAACUUGUCUUGGUGAACGCGAUUCUGGUCGUGCGAUCGUGUCUGUCCGCGUGCGAGUGUUGGAGUUAUCGAGCUCGCUUGUUGUGAGUUACCGAGUGUUGAGAGAAACCGGUUGGUUCCGAGAGAGCGGGUCUGAUCGUCGCGUUAGCUGUCGAUCUCUUUGAAUUGAAUUUGUGAGUGGCGGUUCUACUCAUUGUGCGGAGGUGCGUUCUUUUGAUACGUGACAAGUGGUUCCGUCGAUGGCAACGGGGUAGUCCAGGCUACCAGCGCGCGGCCAGGAUGAUAUGAGCACGCUUGGCAGACUGAGGAUGUCCUCAAAGAGGAAGUCGCCACCAACGAAGCUAUCGGAGGGCGGGGGCGGUGCGGGUACAGUGGCAGGCGCUAACGAGGAGGAGGAAGACACGACCUCGCCGGUGGCCGGUUCCGGUGGUGAGGCAACCGUCGGUGAGGAGGGUGCCGCCACCCCCGUCGACAUCGAAGAGUGCUACUCCCAUCAGAGAGGCGGCGAGUGCGAGUCGUCCGGUUGUUCGUCACCGGCGACCACCAGCGAGCCGGAUCUGCGCGACUCGCCGUCGCCCUCGUUGAAUUCCCUGCGGACGCCCAAACGGCAGAAGCUGCUGUUCCUGUCGAGCCAGGACACCCUCGCGCCGUACCAUCAUCCCCAUCAUCACCAUCACCACCACCAUCAUCACCAUCAUCACACGAACACGUCGUCAUCGUCGGGCGGUGUAUUGGAACCGGCGAGUUCCUCAGAGUGCGGCUCGCCGCCCACUCUCCUCUCCGUUGACUCUUACUAUCCCCAUCAUCCUCAUCACAACAACAACAAUACCGUCACCCAAAACAACAAUAACAACAACAAUAACGGCAGCAGCACCGCCGCCGCUGGCAGCAAGAGAUCCAUGGACGACGUUCUCAAAAGGUUAACGUGCAAAAUGAACAGUGAGUCCCUGUCUAUCCAGGACGAUACCACUAAUAGCAGGCGGACGUCGCCGCCGCUCUCCUCGACACCGACUAGCCACAAUGCACAUAGUGGAGUCACAACAACCGUGGCAAAUAACGUAGCACUCUCGUCCCCGGAUGCCGGAAGGAUAGCAAACACGGAGGCACAGGUACAACAAGACGGCGUAGCGGCCUUUCAUAGGGUCCUAUGCGCCGAGAGUUUCGCUGAGAAGGAACGCCGACUAUCGGAGAUGAUCCUGCAGCUACAAUUAAUUAGGGAGCAACUGCUGCAACAGCAGGAUCAAUCGAAGUCGUAUCCCGCUCACAUGACGGUCGACUCGCAGAAGCAAAUCGAGAUGCAGCGGCUGCAAACGGAGCACUUGAAGCGACAGCAAGAUCACAUCAUGCAGCACAACAUCCAGGAGUUGCAGGCUCAGAUGACAAAGAGCCAGCUGAGCAUGUCGGGACCGCAAUCGUUGAUGUUCCUGCCGUUUCUCGAGCAGCUCAGAGGGCUGCCUGUGCAGUCACCCAUGCCUCCGCCGCCAGCAACGUCGACCGCCACCACCGGCAACAAGCACAUCAACUCUAUUGCCAAUAUGAUUAGCAGUCAUCGGGAAGGUCCGAGCUGGGCGACCGCGCAUCUCGCACAGAUGACUACGCAAAUGGAGAAGGAAUCGCCAUCACCGGCGCCGACCUCAUCCGCUGUAGCGCCAACGGCCCCGCCACUUCAGGAUCUCGAUGCACCGUUGAACCUCACCAAACCCAAGUCCACAUCCUCAGGCGCCACAGCAUCCUCAUCGCCCGGCAGUGAUUCGCACUCGACAGGUGCCGGAAGUAGCGGCCAGCAGGAGCAGCCGUUGGCGGCCACCGCGCCAAAGCUCUUCCCGCCAGGAUUACCGAUACCGCGGAAUUAUCUGCCGACGCUUCCUUACGCCGGUCUGCCGCCGCAUCUCAGCACACUAUCUUCGCCAAUGGGCAAAGUAAUGGCCAAAGACGAGACCGGCGGAGCGGGUGGAUCCGUGGCCGCCGCUGCGGUUGCGGCCGUGGAAAAGCACUUUGCGAUGCACGGGCUCUACGGAUUACCGCCAAAUGCAGGUGCGAUGCCACCGUCGACCCAGACUCAAAGACCGAUCAAACAUUCUGGUUCUCGGGAGGAGACGCCCCAGGAGGAGCAGGACUUUCUCUCGACGCCUCACAUGUGGCGAGAUCCGGCAUAUAAAGUAGCGGAAGACAUAACGGAAAAAGCUAAAAUGGUGAGGCAGCAGAAAAGGGAGAGUGAGAACAAGCCACAUAUCAAGCGACCUAUGAACGCAUUCAUGGUGUGGGCUAAGGAUGAACGUAGAAAGAUCUUGAAAGCUUGUCCAGAUAUGCAUAAUUCGAACAUAUCGAAAAUUCUCGGCGCCCGGUGGAAAUCGAUGUCAAACUCGGAGAAACAGCCAUAUUAUGAAGAACAGUCGCGGCUGUCGAAGCUGCACAUGGAGAAGCACCCCGACUAUAGGUACCGGCCGCGGCCGAAGCGUACGUGCAUCGUGGAUGGCAAGAAGAUGCGCAUCUCCGAAUAUAAGUCACUGAUGCGACAGCGGCGGCAGGAGAUGCGGCAGCUGUGGUGCCGCGACGGCGGUAGCGAGAUAAACUUUUUGUCACCUGUUAGCGCCGACAUGGCCGGCACGCAGCAUCACCCAGGAGGGGGCGCCGGUCCGUCGGCGCGACCGUCGGUCUCGCCGCCGGCGACGAUGUUGAACGGCAGUGGUGCUGGACCGAGCUCGGACCAUCCCUCGUUCUAUUAUCCGCAGGACAGCCUCUCGCCAACGGAUAUGAUGAACUUCUCGCCAGAGAACUCCGGCUCGAUCGGUGGCUACGACGCGAGUCCGCGGCAUCACGACGAGGAUUGAACCGUGGCUCCGGGUCAGCCACUUUGGCCGCCCGGAGCAUCAUCGUCAUCAUCACCGGCAGCAGCUGUAGCGGCAGCGGCUGCCGCAGCCGCGGCAGCAGCGUCCACGUCAAGACUCGCCCAUGAGCUCUUCUGGUAAGAAUCGUCCGUCUCGGUGUGUCUUAAGUCAUAAGACGUCGCGAACCGCUGACUCGAGUCGCGCUUUUACGCGAGCUGGAAGAGGACGCUAUUACAGGAAAAGAGCCGGGUGUCUCGAAACCUCACUGGAGGUUGUGAUAUAAUCUCGUUCUAUCUCUGUGCCAUCGUACACGAAACGCGAAGGACCUAUCCGCGAAGCAAAGGCGCGAAAGCGUGUUCACCUGAUUGAAUCCGCCGUCGUGACGUCGCUCGAUCGUCGGUCGUUCUUGUUCUUCGGUACCAGUUAUCGAAAGAAUAAUUACACGUAAUUUUACACACAGUACAUUUUUUCAAUCAAUUAGUUCGUUUGAUUUAUAUGGAAUAUGUGUACCCGACUAUCUCGAUAGCAAUGUAUUGUGCGGUUAACAUAAGUCAACAAUGUCGGCAAUAGAACGCGUUCGGAUUCGUGUCGAAUAUUUUGAUAAAUAAUAAUAUCGGCUGGCUCCGGAUUUGCAGUUUCCAAUUAAAUUGUCUUUUGUAUAUCGGCAAUAGCUGAAGAUUUUUUUCGCUCGUGUUAUUUCACAAUUUUUACGAUUUUUUUAUUGCUGCGCAAUACAACGCUAUUUAUUUCAAGACAAUCUACAUUGUGGGUGUUUAUCCGUUUGCAGAGGCAAUCUUCAGCAGCCGCGAUUUAUAAAAUCUUGUGCAAACAUACUUUUGUUAUUUGUUUUUAUUCAGAUAUUCUUAAUUCUUAAGAGAAUGAGGUACUUUUCCAAAUGUAUUUAAAAAUCUACUCAGUUUAAACUGAAACAAUUCAAAAGACAUUUAAAGAAUGUCGUAAUGUCGUCUAAUAGACAUUCUAAUCUAUCACAAGUUCUCUGGACGUGAAACGUUUUUUCUUUGGUAACUUUCUUUUGAGUGACGAGGAAGAAUGGCGUUUUUUAUACACGUCGGCGGUAUUCUUUGCAUUCUUUGUAUCCUAUAAUCAAAACUGCAAUUUGCACGAUAGACCUCGAAAUCAUCGGUAGCUAACGUGUAGAGGUACGAUUAACCGGCGUUAACUAACAGCCAAAAUAUACUCGUUGCACAUUUACUGUACGUGCGCAAGGUGAGACGAAAUGCGAGGGUACACGUGCAUCCGCAUAAUUUUUAUAAAACAAUCACGUGUCGCUUUGGCGUGCCGACUCGGAUGCGCAAAUUCGUGCCGAUCUCUUUAUCAGGACUUGAAUACAUAGCGAAUAUAUCACAUACGCGUUGCGACACGAUGCAUGGCCAAAAAGUCUUGUUCCUAUUCCUUCUAGUGUGUGUGUGUGUGUAUCUACGAUACGCCAUUCCGAUCGGUCGUAUCGAGAAAAAUAAAAAAAAGAUGAAUGAAUAAAAACUGGUCUUAAAAAAAAAAAAAU